GUCACAGUGCGCUGGUGUUGAGGCUGGUGCUGUGAUAGUGCAGAUUUUCCUUUGUGUCUCUCUGAUCGGCAGCGGCUCGUUCAGCAGCGAGGGGAAUGUCGGACGGCGGCGGCGGGGGAGGAGAGGAGGGCGGCGGGACGAUGGAGGUGUCCGCCGCGGUGCAGACGGUGGCGGACACGUCGGUGCUGCAGAAGCACAUUCGGAAGCUGGUGCCGCUGCUGCUGGAAGAUGGCGGCGAGGUACCGGCCUCCCUGGAAACCGCCCUGGAGGAGAAGAGCUCCGUGGAGCAGAUGAGGAAGUUCUUGGCUGAUCCGCAGAUUCACACCAUUCUGGUGGAGCGGAGCUGCCUGAAAGAGGAUGUUGGGGAUGAAGGAGAAGAAGAGAAGGAGUGCAUCUCCUACACAGUCUCUAUUGACAUUCACUAUGGGAUUAAAUCCAACAGCCUGGCUUUAAUAAAGAGGACCGGGGUCAUUGAUGCUGACAAGCCCAUCUCAACUCAAGUCCGGGUUCUGACCCUCAGUGAAGAUUCUCCCUACGAGACACUGCAUUCUUUCAUCAGCAAUGCUGUGGCUCCAUUCUUCAAGUCAUACAUCCGGGAGUCUGGUAAAGCUGACAGGGAUGGAGACAAGAUGGCUCCUUCUGUGGAGAAAAAGAUUGCAGAACUCGAGAUGGGAUUGCUACACUUACAGCAGAACAUCGAGAUUCCAGAGAUCAGUCUCCUAAUUAAUCCUAUCAUUACUAACAUCGCCAAACAAUGCUACGAACGAGGAGAGAAGCCCAAGGUUACAGACUUUGGUGAUAAAGUCGAGGACCCCACCUUCCUGAACCAGCUGCAGUCAGGUGUGAACCGCUGGAUCAGGGAAAUCCAGAAGGUGACCAAACUGGAUCGUGACCCUGCGUCUGGGACGGCACUGCAGGAGAUCAGCUUCUGGCUUAACCUUGAGCGCGCCCUUAACCGCAUUCAGGAGAAGAGGGAGAGUCCAGAGGUCUUGCUCACUUUGGACAUUCUGAAGCACGGCAAACGAUUCCACGCCACCGUCAGCUUUGAUACAGACACAGGUCUGAAGCAAGCUGUGGAGACAGUGAAUGACUACAACCCUCUGAUGAAAGACUUCCCACUGAAUGACCUCCUGUCAGCCACCGAACUGGACAAAAUCCGCCAGGCCCUGGUGGCCAUCUUCACACACCUUCGCAAGAUUCGAAACACCAAGUAUCCCAUUCAGCGAGCUCUGCGUUUGGUUGAGGCCAUUUCCCGUGACCUCAGCUUGCAGCUCCUCAAAGUACUGGGUACACGCAAGCUCAUGCACGUGGCUUAUGAAGAAUUUGAGAAGGUGAUGGUGGCUUGCUUUGAGGUGUUCCAGACCUGGGAGGAUGAAUAUGAGAAACUGCAGGUGCUGCUGAGGGACAUCGUGAAGAGAAAGCGGGAGGAGAAUCUGAAGAUGGUGUGGCGUCUGAGCCCGGCCCACCGAAAGCUGCAGGCCCGAUUGGAUCACAUGAGGCGCUUCAGGAGACAGCAUGAACAGCUGAGGGCUGUAAUCGUCCGCGUCCUGAGACCUCAGGUGUCUGCUGUUCCUCAGCAUGCGCAGGGGGAUGCCGUCGAACCUCCUGACAUGAAAGUGGCCGAAGUCCUCUUUGAUGCUGCGGAUGCGAAUGCCAUCGAAGAAGUCAACUUGGCCUAUGAGAAUGUUAAAGAGGUAGAUGGCUUGGAUGUCUCAAAGGAAGGGAUGGAGGCCUGGGAAGCUGCGAUGAAGCGGUACGAUGAGCGCAUCGACCGCGUGGAAACCCGCAUCACCGCCCGUCUCCGUGACCAGCUGGGCACUGCCAAGAACGCCAACGAAAUGUUCCGCAUCUUCUCCCGCUUCAACGCUCUCUUCGUGCGCCCGCACAUCCGCGGAGCCAUCCGGGAGUACCAGACCCAGCUGAUUCAACGCGUGAAGGAUGACAUCGAGUCGCUGCACGACAAGUUUAAAGUGCAGUACCCGCAGAGCCAGUCGUGCAAGAUGAGUCACGUGCGAGACUUGCCCCCGGUUUCUGGCUCAAUCAUCUGGGCAAAACAGAUUGACCGGCAGCUAACGGCCUACAUGAAGCGCGUGGAGGAUGUUCUCGGGAAAGGCUGGGAGAACCACGUGGAGGGGCUGAAGCUGAAGCAGGAUGGAGACAGCUUCAGGGCCAAGCUCAACACCCAGGAGAUCUUCGAUGACUGGGCCCGCAAAGUGCAACAGCGCAACCUUGGCGUCUCUGGGCGCAUCUUCACCAUCGAAAGCAGCCGUGCCCGUGGGCGCACUGGAAGCAUUCUAAAACUGAAGGUCAACUUCUUGCCGGAGAUCAUCACGCUCUCUAAGGAGGUCCGUAACCUGAAGUGGCUUAGUUUCCGUGUGCCCCUGGCCAUAGUGAACAAAGCCCACCAGGCCAACCAGCUCUAUCCCUUCGCCAUCUCGCUCAUCGAGAGUGUACGCACCUACGAGCGCACUUGUGAAAAGGUGGAGGAGAGAAUCUCUAUUUCUCCAUUGGUGGCUGGCCUGAAGAAGGAGGUUCAGGCCCUGGUCACAGAGGGCAUCGCUUUGGUUUGGGAAUCUUACAAACUUGACCCCUAUGUCCAGCGCCUUGCAGAAACUGUCUUCAACUUCCAAGAGAAGGUGGAUGACCUCCUCCUGAUCGAAGAGAAGAUCGAUUUAGAGGUCCGCUCUCUUGAGACUUGCAUGUACGACUACAAGACCUUCUCAGAAAUCCUCAACCGUGUCCAGAAGGCUGUUGACGACCUGAAUCUGCACUCUUAUUCAAAUCUGCCCAUCUGGGUCAAUAAACUAGACAUCGAGAUUGAGCGCAUCCUUGGAGUACGUCUCCAGGCUGGCCUAAGGGCUUGGACCCAGGUUCUAAGAGGACAGAUGGAGGACAAAGCAGAUGUGGACAUGGACACCGAAGCACCACAAGUCAGCCACAAGCCUGGAGGAGAACCCAAGAUCAAGAAUGUUGUGCAUGAGCUGAGGAUCACAAACCAAGUGAUCUACCUGAAUCCUCCAAUCGAAGACUGCCGUUACAAGCUCUACCAGGAAAUGUUUGCCUGGAAGAUGGUCAUCCUCUCCCUACCAAGGAUACAGAGUCAGAGAUACCAGGUUGGUGUGCACUACGAGCUUUCUGAGGAGGAGAAGUUCUACAGGAACGCUCUGACCCGAAUGCCUGAUGGACCAGCAGCUCUGGAAGAGGCUUACAACGCUGUGAAGGAAAAUGUCUCAGAGGUGGAACAGUACGUCAAGGUUUGGCUGCAGUAUCAGUGUUUGUGGGACAUGCAGCCUGAGAACAUCUAUAACCGUUUGGGUGAAGAUCUCAACAAGUGGCAGGCUCUGUUGGUGCAGAUCCGCAAAGCCAGAGGAACUUUCGACAAUGCCGAAACAAAAAAGGAGUUUGGCCCAGUGGUCAUAGACUAUGGCAAGGUCCAGUCGAAGGUGAACCUCAAGUAUGACUCCUGGCAUAAGGAAGUGCUCAGCAAGUUCGGACAGAUGCUGGGCAACAACAUGCAGGACUUCCAUUCACAGAUCUCCAAGUCCCGACAAGAGCUGGAGCAGCAUUCAGUGGACACAGCCAGCACUUCUGAUGCCGUUACCUUCAUUACAUACGUCCAGGCUCUCAAACGCAAGAUCAAGCAGUUUGAAAAGCAGGUUGACCUGUUCCGCAAUGGUCAGCGUCUGCUGGAGAAGCAGCGUUUCCAGUUCCCUCCAUCCUGGCUGUACAUUGACAACAUAGAAGGCGAAUGGGGAGCCUUCAGUGACAUCAUGAAGCGCAAGGACACUGCCAUCCAGCAGCAAGUGGCCAACCUGCAGAUGAAGAUUGUGCAGGAGGACCGUGCCGUGGAGAACCGCACCUCAGAUCUGCUCACGGACUGGGAGAAGACCAAGCCAGUGGCUGGAAAUCUUCGACCAGAAGAAGCUCUCCAGUCCCUCACCAUCUACGAAGGGAAGUUCGGACGGCUGAAAGACGACAGAGAGAAGUGCGCCAAGGCUAAGGAAGCUCUGGAGUUGACGGACACCGGCCUUCUUAGCGGCAGCGAGGAGAGAGUGCAGGUUGCACUCGAGGAAUUGCAAGACCUGAAGGGUGUGUGGUCUGAGCUAUCUAAAGUCUGGGAGCAGAUCGAUCAGAUGAAGGAGCAGCCAUGGGUGUCUGUGCAGCCACGCAAGCUGCGUCAGAGUUUGGACGCCCUCCUGAACCAGCUCAAGAACUUCCCAGCACGUCUGCGGCAGUACGCCUCCUACGAAUACGUGCAGAGGCUCCUCAAAGGCUACCUGAAGGUGAACAUGUUGGUGAUUGAGCUGAAGUCGGAGGCUCUGAAGGAUCGCCACUGGAAGCAGCUGAUGAAGCGCCUGCAUGUGAACUGGGUGCUGUCAGAGCUGACGCUGGGACAGAUCUGGGAUGUGGACCUGCAGAAAAACGAGAUGGUGGUGAAGGAUGUGCUGCUGGUGGCUCAGGGAGAGAUGGCCCUGGAGGAGUUCCUCAAACAGAUUCGGGAAGUCUGGAACUCGUACGAGCUUGACUUGGUCAACUAUCAGAACAAGUGUCGUCUCAUCCGGGGAUGGGAUGAUCUCUUCAACAAAGUCAAGGAACACAUCAACAGCGUGUCCGCCAUGAAGCUCUCUCCGUACUACAAGGUGUUUGAAGAGGACGCUCUGAGCUGGGAGGAUAAGCUGAACCGCAUCAUGGCUCUGUUUGACGUCUGGAUAGACGUCCAGAGGCGCUGGGUCUACCUGGAAGGCAUUUUCACCGGCAGUGCAGAUAUCAAACAUCUGCUCCCAGUGGAGACACAGCGCUUCCAGAGCAUUAGCACAGAAUUCCUGGCUCUUAUGAAGAAAGUGACCAAGUCCCCUCUCGUCAUGGACGUCCUCAACAUCCAGGGAGUUCAGAGGUCGCUGGAAAGGCUAGCAGACCUCCUGGGAAAGAUCCAGAAGGCUCUGGGAGAAUAUCUAGAGAGAGAGCGCUCAUCCUUCCCCAGGUUCUACUUCGUCGGUGACGAGGACUUGCUUGAGAUCAUCGGCAACAGCAAGAAUGUGGCUAAACUGCAGAAGCACUUCAAGAAGAUGUUUGCUGGGGUGGCCAGCAUCCUCCUGAAUGAAGACAACACUGAGGUCCUGGGCAUCUCGUCUCGGGAGGGAGAAGAGGUGCUCUACAAGACUCCUGUGUCCAUCACAGAACACCCAAAGAUCAACGAGUGGCUGACCUUGGUGGAGAAAGAGAUGCGCGUCACUCUGGCUAAACUGCUGGCGGAGUCGGUCACUGAGGUGGGAGCCUUCAACAAGGCCACCGGCAUUGACCUUGGAGCCUACAUCAACUGGAUCGACAGAUACCAGGCCCAGUUGGUGGUUCUGUCCGCUCAGAUCGACUGGUCUGAGAACGUGGAGAUGGCUCUGACCACAAUUGCCGGGAAAGACGACAUGGCUCCUUUGCAGGAUGUUCUGACCAAGGUGGAGGCCACGCUGAACGUGCUGGCUGACACCGUGCUGAUGGAGCAGCCUCCAAUCCGCAGGAAGAAGCUGGAACAUCUGAUCACAGAGCUGGUCCAUCAGCGGGACGUGACCAGAACCCUGAUCAAGAACAAGAUCGACAACCCCAAGUCUUUCGAGUGGCUCAGCCAGAUGCGCUUCUACUUCGACCCCAAGCAGACGGACGUGCUGCAGCAGCUCUCCAUUCAGAUGGCCAACGCCAAGUUCAACUACGGCUUUGAGUACCUGGGUGUGCAGGAGAAACUGGUGCAGACUCCACUCACAGACCGGUGCUACCUCACCAUGACCCAGGCUCUGGAGGCUCGUCUGGGAGGAUCUCCCUUCGGUCCUGCUGGCACAGGAAAGACAGAGUCUGUCAAAGCUCUUGGCCACCAGCUCGGACGAUUUGUCCUGGUCUUCAACUGCGACGAGACCUUCGACUUCCAGGCGAUGGGCCGCAUCUUCGUCGGCUUGUGUCAGGUGGGCGCCUGGGGCUGCUUUGACGAGUUCAACCGACUUGAGGAAAGGAUGCUCUCUGCUGUCUCCCAGCAGGUUCAGUACAUCCAGGUGGCUCUGAGGGAACACAGCAACCCCAACCGAGAUCGCAGCACCCCAGUCACCACUGAGCUGCUGAACAAACAGGUGAAGGUGAGCGCAGAAAUGGCCAUCUUCAUCACCAUGAACCCUGGAUACGCUGGACGAUCCAACCUGCCUGAUAACCUGAAGAAGCUGUUCCGCAGCCUGGCCAUGACCAAACCGGACCGCCAGCUCAUCGCACAGGUCAUGCUGUACUCGCAGGGCUUCCGCACGGCCGAGACCCUCGCCAAGAAGAUCGUCCCCUUUUUCAAGCUGUGUGACGAGCAGCUUUCCUCUCAGUCUCACUACGACUUCGGUCUGCGAGCGCUGAAGAGCGUGCUCAUCAGUGCUGGAAAUGUGAAGCGAGAGCGAAUCCAGAAGAUCAAGCGAGAGAAAUGCGAGCGCGGGGAGGAUGUGGACGAGAACGAGAUUGCAGAGAACCUUCCCGAGCAGGAGAUCCUGAUCCAGAGCGUGUGUGAGACCAUGGUGCCCAAGCUGGUGGCGGAGGACAUCCCGCUCCUCUUCAGCCUGCUGUCGGAUGUCUUCCCUGGUGUGCAGUACAUGCGUGGGGAAAUGACCGCUCUGAGGGAGGAGCUGAAGAAGGUCUGCGCUGAGAUGUACCUCACCUACGGAGAUGGUGAUGAUGUCGGCAGCAUGUGGGUGGAGAAGGUUCUUCAACUCUACCAGAUCACCCAGAUCAACCAUGGCCUGAUGAUGGUUGGCCCAUCAGGAAGCGGGAAGACCAUGGCUUGGCGUGUGCUGCUGAAAGCCCUGGAGAGGUUGGAGGGGGUGGAAGGAGUGGCGCACAUCAUAGACCCCAAAGCCAUCAGCAAGGACCACCUGUACGGAACCCUGGACCCCAACACCCGCGAGUGGACUGAUGGGCUCUUUACCCAUGUGCUCAGGAAGAUCAUUGAUAACGUCCGUGGAGAGCUGCAGAAGAGGCAGUGGAUUAUCUUUGAUGGUGAUGUAGAUCCUGAGUGGGUAGAGAACCUGAACUCUGUGCUGGAUGACAACAAACUGCUCACCCUUCCCAACGGAGAGCGUCUCAGCCUGCCUCCCAACGUACGCAUCAUGUUCGAGGUGCAGGACCUGAAGUACGCCACUCUGGCCACCGUCUCCCGCUGUGGCAUGGUGUGGUUCAGUGAGGACGUCCUCAGCACAGACAUGAUCUUCAACAACUUCCUGGCCCGCAUUCGCAGCAUCCCAUUGGACGAGGGUGAGGAUGAGGCUCAGCGUAUGCGUAAGGGAACUGAGGAUGAGGGAGAGGAAGCCGCUUCCCCCAUGCUGCAGAUCCAGAGGGACGUAGCCGCCAUUCUGCAGCCCUACUUCACCUCUACUGGGCUGGUGAUCAAGGCCCUGGAGCACGCCUCCAAGAUGGAGCACAUCAUGGACUUCACCCGCCUGCGCUGCAUGGGCUCCCUGUUCUCCAUGAUGCACCAGGCCUGCCGCAACAUCGCCCUUUACAACAACAACCACCCUGACUUCCCCAUGCCCAUCGACCAGCUGGAGAAGUACAUACAGAAAUACCUGAUCUACGCUGUGCUGUGGUCCUUCUCUGGUGACGGCAAGCUGAAGAUGAGGGCGGAGCUUGGAGAAUACAUCCGCCGCAUCACCACUGUGGCCCUUCCUUCUGCACCUAAUGUGCCAAUCAUCGAUUAUGAGGUGUGCAUAUCAGGGGAGUGGCAGUCCUGGCAGGGUAAGGUGCCCCAGAUUGAGGUGGAGACUCACAAGGUGGCCGCUCCUGACGUGGUGGUCCCGACUCUGGACACAGUCCGGCACGAGGCUCUGCUGUAUACCUGGCUGGCUGAGCACAAGCCUCUGGUACUGUGUGGUCCUCCAGGCUCGGGUAAAACCAUGACCCUCUUCAGUGCACUCCGCGCCCUGCCAGACAUGGAGGUUGUGGGUUUGAACUUCUCCAGUGCUACGACUCCAGAGCUGCUGCUGAAGACGUUUGAUCACUACUGUGAAUAUCGCCGCACGCCUAACGGUGUGGUGUUGGCUCCUGUGCAGCUGGGCAAGUGGUUGGUGCUGUUCUGUGACGAGAUUAACCUUCCAGAUAUGGACAAGUAUGGAACGCAGAGGGUCAUCUCCUUCAUUAGACAGAUGGUGGAGCAUGGAGGAUUCUACCGUACCUCUGAUCAGACAUGGGUGAAACUGGAAAGGAUCCAGUUUGUGGGCGCUUGUAACCCUCCCACAGACCCUGGCAGAAAGCCCCUCUCACACAGAUUCCUGCGUCACGUACCGGUGGUGUACGUGGACUACCCAGGCCCCGCCUCCCUCACGCAGAUCUACGGUACCUUCAACAGAGCCAUGCUUCGACUCAUUCCCACCCUGCGCACCUACGCUGAGCCUCUCACAGCAGCCAUGGUGGAGUUCUACACCAUGUCUCAGGAGCGCUUCACACAGGACACCCAGCCCCAUUAUAUAUACUCCCCCAGAGAGAUGACACGCUGGGUGAGGGGUAUCUUUGAGGCACUGCGGCCCCUGGAGACGCUGCCUGUGGAGGGACUUAUCCGCAUAUGGGCCCACGAGGCCUUGCGCCUGUUCCAGGACCGACUUGUGGAGGAUGAGGAGAGACGCUGGACCGAUGAGAACAUUGACAACGUGGCCCUGAAGCACUUCCCCAAUAUCGACCGUGAGAAGGCCCUCAACCGCCCCAUUCUCUACAGCAACUGGCUCUCCAAGGACUACAUCCCAGUGGAGCAGGAGGAGCUUCGGGAUUAUGUGAAGGCUCGUUUGAAGGUCUUCUAUGAGGAGGAGCUGGACGUUCCUCUGGUGCUCUUCAACGAGGUUCUAGAUCACGUGCUGAGAAUUGACAGAAUCUUCCGUCAGCCGCAGGGUCAUCUUCUCCUGAUCGGUGUCAGCGGUGCUGGAAAGACUACACUGUCUCGCUUUGUGGCCUGGAUGAAUGGACUGAGUGUCUACCAGAUCAAGGUUCACAGGAAGUACACAGGGGAAGACUUUGACGAGGAUCUGAGAACUGUCCUUCGCCGGUCUGGAUGCAAAAAUGAGAAAAUUGCGUUCAUUAUGGACGAGUCGAACGUGCUGGACUCUGGCUUCCUGGAGCGUAUGAACACCCUGCUGGCCAACGGAGAGGUUCCCGGUCUGUUUGAGGGUGAUGAAUAUGCCACGCUGAUGACCCAGUGUAAGGAAGGGGCCCAGAAGGAAGGCUUGAUGUUGGACACUCACGAGGAGCUGUACAAGUGGUUCACCAGCCAAGUGAUCAGGAACUUGCAUGUGGUCUUCACCAUGAACCCGUCAUCAGAAGGCCUGAAAGAUCGUGCUGCCACUUCUCCUGCUCUGUUCAACAGGUGUGUGCUGAACUGGUUUGGAGAUUGGUCGACCGAGGCCCUCUAUCAGGUCGGCAAGGAGUUCACCAGUAAGAUGGAUCUGGAAAAGCCCAAUUACAAAGUGCCAGACUACAUGCCCACAGUGUACGACAAGCUGCCCCAGAUUCCCACACAUCGCGAGGCUAUCGUCAAUGGUUGUGUGUUUGUUCAUCAGACCCUGCACCAGGCGAAUAAUCGGCUGGCCAAACGAGGAGGUCGCACUAUGGCCAUCACCCCGCGUCACUACCUAGACUUCAUCAAUCACUACGCCAACCUGUUCAAUGAGAAACGCAGUGAGCUGGAGGAGCAGCAGAUGCACCUUAAUGUUGGUCUUCGCAAGAUCAAAGAGACUGUCGACCAGGUUGAGGAAUUGCGCAGGGAUCUGAGGAUAAAGAGUCAGGAGCUGGAGGUGAAGAAUGCCGCUGCCAAUGACAAGCUGAAGAAGAUGGUGAAAGACCAGCAAGAGGCUGAAAAGAAGAAGGUCAUGAGUCAGGAGAUUCAGGAGGCCGUUUACAAGCAGCAAGAAGUUAUCAAGGAUAAACAACUGAGAGUAAAACAAGAUCUAGACCAGGUGGAGCCUGCUGUUAUUGAAGCACAGAAUGCUGUUAAGUCGAUUAAGAAGCAGCACUUGGUGGAGGUACGGUCCAUGGCCAACCCGCCUGCGGCGGUGAAGCUGGCUCUGGAGUCCAUCUGCCUGCUGCUGGGCGAGAGCACCACCGAUUGGAAGCAAAUCCGCUCCAUCAUAAUGCGCGAGAACUUCAUCCCCACUAUCGUUAACUUUUCUGCUGAAGAAAUCAGUGAUGCCAUCCGAGAGAAGAUGAAGAAGAAUUACAUGUCCAACCCGAGUUACAACUACGAGCAGGUCAACAGGGCCUCGCUGGCUUGUGGGCCUAUGGUGAAAUGGGCCAUUGCACAGCUGAACUACGCCGACAUGUUGAAGCGGGUGGAGCCUCUCAGAAAUGAGCUUCAGAAGCUGGAGGACGAUGCCAAGGACAACAAGACUAAAGCUGAAGAGGUGGAGCAGAUGAUCCGAGACCUGGAGGCCAGCAUCGCCCGCUAUAAGGAGGAGUAUGCUGUGCUAAUCUCUGAGGCUCAGGCCAUCAAGGCUGACCUGGCUGCUGUAGAGGCAAAGGUGAACCGCAGCACAGCUCUGCUGAAGAGCUUGUCUGCUGAACGGGAGCGCUGGGAGAAGACCAGUGAGACCUUUAAGAACCAGAUGUCCACCAUUGCUGGUGACUGCCUGCUCUCUGCAGCGUUCAUCGCCUAUGCUGGAUACUUCGACCAACAAAUGAGACAGAAUCUUUUCACCACCUGGUCCCAUCACCUCCAGCAGGCCAACAUUCAGUUCCGCACAGACAUCGCCCGAACUGAGUACCUGUCCAACGCUGAUGAGAGGCUGCGCUGGCAGGCCAACUCCCUGCCUGCUGAUGACCUCUGCACUGAGAACGCCAUCAUGCUGAAGAGAUUCAACAGGUACCCACUGAUCAUUGAUCCAUCCGGCCAAGCCACCGAGUUCAUAAUGAAUGAGUAUAAGGAUCGUAAAAUCACUCGCACCAGUUUCUUGGAUGAUGCCUUCAGGAAGAACUUGGAAAGCGCGUUGAGAUUUGGCAACCCUCUUUUGGUGCAGGAUGUGGAGAGCUACGACCCCAUCCUGAACCCUGUGCUGAACAGAGAGGUGCGCAGAACCGGUGGGCGAGUUCUCAUCACCCUCGGAGACCAGGACAUUGACUUGUCUCCUUCCUUUGUCAUCUUCCUUUCCACUCGAGACCCAACAGUGGAGUUCCCACCAGACUUGUGCUCAAGGGUGACUUUUGUGAACUUCACGGUGACCAGGAGCAGUCUGCAGAGUCAGUGCCUCAACGAGGUGCUGAAGGCAGAGCGUCCAGAUGUGGAUGAGAAACGCUCAGACCUUCUCAAGCUUCAGGGUGAGUUCCAGCUGCGUUUGCGACAGUUGGAGAAAUCUCUAUUGCAGGCCCUCAACGAAGUCAAGGGUCGCAUCCUGGAUGAUGAUACCAUCAUCACUACACUGGAGAACCUGAAGAAGGAGGCAGCAGAGGUGACCAGGAAGGUGGAGGAGACUGAUAUCGUCAUGCAGGAAGUGGAGAACGUGUCCCAGCAGUAUCUGUCACUGUCUACUGCCUGCAGCAGCAUCUACUUCACCCUGGAAGCUCUCAACCAGAUGCACUUCCUGUAUCAGUACUCCCUACACUUCUUCUUGGACAUCUACCACACGGUGCUGUACGAGAACGCUAACCUGAAGAGUGUUAGUGAUCACACGCAGCGCCUGUCCGUCAUCACUAAGGACUUGUUUCAGAUUGCAUUUAAUAGAGUGGCUCAAGGUAUGCUCCACCAGGACCAUAUCACUUUUGCUGUGCUGUUGGCCAGGAUCAACCUGAAAGGCAUCACUAGUGAACCACCGUAUGACCCAGAAUUCCAGCACUUCCUGCGUGGAAAGGAGAUUGUGCUGACCGGCAUGACUUUGCCGAAGGUGAAGGGCCUGACCACAGAACAGUGCGAGGCCAUGGUGCGUCUCAGCCGCCUUCCUACCUUUAAAGACCUGGUGGACAAAGUGCAAGCUGAUGAGCAAUUCUUCAUGUGGCUUGAGAGCAACUCCCCAGAGCUGUCUGUGCCGUAUAUCUGGGCAGAGGAGAAGACAACACCCAUUGGGCAGGCGGUGCACCAGCUGCUGCUGAUCCAGGCCUUCAGGCCCGAUCGUCUGUUGGCCAUGUCGACCAUCUUUGUCUCCAGAGUCUUGGGAGACAGCUUCAUGUCCAUCACUGAACAGCCCCUGGACCUGGCCAAUAUUGUGGACAGUGAGGUUAAGCCAGGAACCCCCGUGCUGAUGUGCUCUGUUCCUGGAUACGAUGCCAGCGGUCUGGUCAGAGAUCUGGCAGCCGAGCAGAACAAACACAUCACUUCCAUCUCCAUCGGUUCUGCUGAGGGCUUCAACAAGGCUGACCGAGACAUUAACACCGCAGUGAAGUCUGGCAGAUGGGUGAUGCUGGAGAACGUGCACCUGGCUCCUGGGUGGCUCAUGCAGCUGGAGAAGAAGCUGCAUUCCAUGCAACCACACGCCAGCUUCCGCCUUUUCCUCACCAUGGAAAUCAACCCCAAGGUGCCAGUGAAUCUGCUGCGUGCUGGUCGUAUCUUUGUCUUUGAGCCGCCCCCAGGUGUGAAGGCAAACAUGCUGAGGACCUUCAGCAGCAUCCCAGUGGCUCGCAUGUGCAAGGCUCCCAACGAGCGUGCUCGCCUCUACUUCCUCCUGGCCUGGUUUCAUGCUGUCAUCCAGGAGCGACUCCGUUAUGCGCCACUCGGCUGGUCCAAGAAGUACGAGUUUGGAGAGUCUGAUCUGCGCUCAGCCUGCGACACCGUGGACACCUGGCUGGACGAUACUGCUAAGGGUCGGCAGAACAUCUCUCCUGACAAGAUCCCAUGGGCAGCUCUGAAGACCCUGAUGGCCCAGUCUAUUUACGGAGGUCGCAUCGAUAACGAGUUUGAUCAGCGGCUUCUCAACACCUUCCUGGAGCGCAUCUUCACCACAGGCAGCUUCGACAGCGAGUUCAAACUGGCACUCAAAGUGGAUGGCCACAAGGAUAUUAAAAUGCCAGAUGGCAUACGGCGUGAGGAGUUCAUGCACUGGGUGGAAAUGCUCCCAGACACUCAGACACCAUCUUGGCUGGGGUUGCCAAGUAAUGCAGAAAGGGUUCUGCUUGCCACUCAGGGCACUGACAUGAUGGGUAAGCUGCUGAAAAUGCAGAUGCUGGAGGAUGAGGACGACCUGGCCUACGAGACAGAGAAGAAGCAGCGCACUGCGUCGUCCUCGGACGCCCAGCCGGCGUGGAUGAGGACCCUGCACACCACGGCCUGCAACUGGCUCCAGCUCAUACCGCUGUCCGUCAACCCGCUUAAACGUACUGUGGAGAACAUCAAGGAUCCUCUGUUCCGUUUCUUUGAGCGGGAAGUCAAGAUGGGUGCUCGCAUGUUGCAAGAUGUGCGCCAGGACCUCACUGAUGUUGUGCAGGUCUGCCAGGGCAAGAAGAAGCAGACCAAUGACCUGCGAACACUGAUCAACGACCUCGUUAAAGGCAUUCUGCCCCGUAGCUGGUGCCGUUACACUGUCCCGACUUCCAUGACCGUGAUCCAGUGGGUGGCGGACUUCAGUGAGCGCAUUAAGCAACUGCAGCAGAUCUCCCAGGGAGCAGCCAGUGGUGGUGCCAAAGAGCUGAAGAACAUCCAUGUGAACCUGGGCAGUCUGUUUGUGCCGGAGGCGUACAUCACAGCCACUCGUCAGUACGUGGCUCAAGCUAACAGCUGGUCUCUGGAGGAGCUGGGUCUGGAGGUCAAUGUCACUUCAGCACAGGGAGCAGCGCUGGAUGCCUGCAGCUUUGGCAUUAAGGGUCUGAAACUGCAGGGAGCCACCUGUACCAACAACAAGCUCUCUCUCUCGACGUCCAUCUCCACCGAGCUCCCGCUCACACAGCUGCGCUGGGUCAAACAGGUUAAUGCAGAAAAGGGGAACAUGGUCACCUUGCCAGUGUAUCUGAACUUCACACGUACAGACCUUAUCUUCACCGUGGACUUCGACAUCGCCACCAAGGAAGACCCACACAAUUUCUAUGAGCGAGGCGUGGCCAUCCUCUGCACAGAGUAGACGAUUACAUAACUGAAGUGUCACCAAAAAAAGAAUCAGUACUAAUCACUAUCUAAUCAUUAUCUAACCAUAUAGAUAUAGAUGUGACUCUGUGUAGCUUAGAUACAGCGUAGCGUUCUGCAUGCCUGUAACAGUUCAUUAUAAUGUAACAGUUAAUUAUAUUUGCAGGUUUGUCAGGAUAAGAGAUUAGAAAGUAAAAAGCAAGUGUCUGUAGAUGGAACUCUGCGAAUGUUGGGAAGGUUGAAGAUGAGACGAGACAAGACAAGAUAAAUGGAUGGAUGGAUGUUUUUAGAAAAAGGAAACCGUAUGUUUAAGAUGGAACAAUGAAUGUUGAUUAAAGUUUUGUAAGAUGGAAAGUUUUGAAUAACCUUACGUUGCCACGUGUGUAUCGUAAUGCUUUAAAUAAACAUGUGCAUGUAAUGCUAAUAAUGACA